ACGCGUACAAUCUUAUCCGUUUCCCAUCAUACUAUAUAAGGUAGAACCUGAAUGUUUCCUUCAUCCAAAAUUACCAAAAUCCUUCGCUUCCUCUUCUUUCGCAUCUUCUUUCUCUCUGCGCAAAGACCCUUCAUCGUCCAAGAUGGCCAACACUCUCUUGCCUUUCAGGCCGGUCGUCGUCAGAGCCUGCGCCACCUCCGGCCAUCCCAAGCCCGAUCGGAAAAGCUCCUCCUCGAACUGGUUGUCGCCGCUGUUCGGUUGGCCCGCCGAGCCGGACUACAUUGACUCCGCCCCCGCUUCCACGAAAGCGGAUCUCUCCGCCGGAUCAGAGGUCAAAUCGGAGCCCGAUCUCGUCCGGAAAGCUGUCAGAUCUCGGUUCUCCCGAGGAUGUUUCACUGAGGAGAAGGCCAAGCAGCUUCGCAUGAUGACGACCGAAACGGACUCCUUUCACGACGCCAUGUACCACUCCGCCAUCGCCUCUCGGCUCGCCUCCGACUUCUCGAACCGCUCCGAUCUGUAAAUUUACGGCACUUACUGGUUCCCCGGCGAGAUCGGCGUCUUUUCUUGCUCUUCUAUGCCGUACUUUUUUUAUUAAUUUCUUUUUAGACAAAUCGUAAAAUACGUAGACCGUACGUAUAAUCUUGUGUCUGGUGAUGUAUAUAUAUGAUGAUGUGUUUAUGAAGUUGGAAGCAAUCAGUGCCGUCAGAUUUGGAGACUGUACUAUUUUAUUUUGAAUUGGUGAUAAUUUCUGGACCGUUGGAUUA